AUGAUAAGGAAGGCCACACAGUCCCUCUUCAAGGAAGACGCACUAGCAGGAACGCCGUACUUGGCGAAGCCAUUCCUUAAUAUCAAUUUUUUAAAUGAGGAACAGCUCCCCUUUUGGCUGACUGAUGAAAAACAUAUUAAAAAGUGCAACUCCAUUUUCAACUCGAAAAUUAUUGCCUACCCAGUUUAUGUAGCCCAAACAAUUCAUAAGUAUAAGCCUUCAGCCAUCCCGCAGGUAGCCAUAUUCGGACGGUCCAACGUCGGCAAAUCGAGUUUAAUCAACGCCCUGCUAAACAAUAGGGAAGUAGCGCAGGCCUCAAAGACGCCGGGGCGUACGCGGCAUUUGUUUAUUUUCAACUUACUAAAUCACCUCUCCAUCGUGGACUUACCCGGCUAUGGGUUUGCCAAGGUUGCCAAGGACAUGCGUGACAACUGGUCCAUCCUUAUCGAGGAGUAUUUGAAGAGAGCGGUUAACUUGAAGCGCGCUCUGUGUUUGAUUGAAUGUACAGAGUUUUUCACUCCACACGAUUUUGUCUUACUGGACAUGCUAAUAACCAAAGGAGUGCCUUUUCAAAUUAUCCUUACCAAGGUGGAUAAGCUUCGGGCACACGAGCUACACAAACUUAUGUUUAAAGUCCUCUCCGUGAUUGAUAAUUACAAGAAGAAAGUAAAAUUCCUCAACGAACGCACCCACAAGGAUAAUGCCACCUACGACAUGAAAAUAAACAGCUACUUAUUUAAUGUGUCCAGUUUGAAGAAUUUUGGGGUUCAGCAGCUGAGGGCCCACUUGGGGUUAAUAGCAACUGAUAAUAUGCGCAUGAAGAAGUGA